ACAAGGAAGGGGAGAGCUCACAAGCGGCAGGUUCGUGCUUGACUUCACACCCGUGUUCUUCUAAUUGGAGUCAAAGAGAACAAACUACAGGAUCAGCCUAAAUAUGGAUGUUGCGGAGUCUCCCCAUGAGAAUAUGGGGCUUUUAAGGACCUUUGAUGCGUCCGAGUUUGGGUGCUGGGAGAAGAUUGGAUCAGGUGGAUUUGGACAAGUAUACAAAGUGCGGCACAUACAGUGGAAAACAUGGCUGGCGAUCAAGUGUCCCCCCUGCCUUCAUGUCGAUGACAAGGACCGCUCGGAACUGCUUGCGGAAGCAAAGAAGAUGGAGGCGGCAAAGUUCCGGUACAUUUUGCCAGUGUAUGGGAUCUGUGAGGACCCCCAGGGCCUGGUCAUGGAGUACAUGGAGACUGGAUCUCUGGAGACUCUGCUGGCCAACGAGCCACUGCCCUGGGAGCUGCGCUUUCGCAUUAUCCACGAGACAGCGGUGGGAAUGAACUUCCUGCACUGCAUGAACCCUCCUCUACUCCACCUGGACCUCAAGCCAGCCAACAUCCUGCUGGACGCGCACUACCAUGUCAAGAUCUCAGAUUUUGGCUUGGCACGGUGGAACGGCCUGUCUCGCGGUGAUGACAUCAGCAGGGAUGGCUUCUGUGGCACAAUCGCCUACUUGCCUCCAGAGAGCAUCAUCGAGAAGGACCGAGUGUCUGACACCAAACACGAUGUUUACAGCUUUUCUAUUGUUAUCUGGGGGAUACUGACACAGAAAAAGCCCUACCAAGGGGAUAAUAACAUCCUGCAGAUUAUGGUAAAGGUGGUGAAAGGGGUGCGUCCUGACCUGGGGGCUGUGCCUCGCUCCAGACCUUCAGCCUGUGCCGGGUUCCUCAGUCUCAUGCAGCGCUGUUGGGCCACUAACCCUAAUGUACGGCCCAGCUUCCAGGAAAUCACAUCUGAAGCAGAGGAGCUCUGCUCUAAACCUCAAGAGGAACCAAAGAGCCCCACAUUCUCCACCUCUGAGCCAGAGCCCACAUCGCCCAGAAGGCCCACUCCUGAUGAGGUGAAUGACGCCAAACCAGUGCGACCAAAGUCUGCCAUGUUGCCGGAAAAAGAUUAUAGUCUGUCAGAGCUGCUGAGUCAAGUGGAUUCUGGGAUCUCCAGAAGUUUUGAUCGAUUGAAAGAGGACAGCUGCCACAGCAAAGAGAACACAUGUAAGAGGCUGUCAGGCAUCUCCUCUGCAGACUCUGCCUUCUCGUCUCAAGACUCAAUCACACUAUCUUUUGAGAAAGAAAACACAUAUGACUUGGCUGAGAUCCAAAAACGAAAGCUGUGUGAGGCCAUCCGGGUUAAAGACACAGCUAAGCUCAUGAAGAUUCUCCAGCCCCAGGAUGUGGACCUCCUGCUGGAGGGAGGAGACAGUCUACUGCACCACGCCAUUGCCCUGAACAACGAGGAGGCCGUCAAGUUUCUGCUGCUCAAUAACGCCAACUUGAAUCUGGCGAAUGCUCGGGGCUCCACCCCUUUGCACCUGGCCACAGAGAAGCACCUGAAGCCUCUGGCAGAGCUGUUGCUAAACCGCCGCAGCACCAGUGUGAAUGCCAAGGACGAGGAUCAGUAUACUGCACUGCAUUGGGCCGCACAGAACGGAGAUGAGGCCAUCACACGGCUUCUGCUGGACAAAGGAGCUGCCAUAAAUGAGACUGACGGUCAGGGCCGGACUCCAGCUCAUGUGGCCUGUCAGCACGGUCAGGAGAACGUGAUCAGGGUGCUCCUGAGCAGAGGAGCCGAUGUCCGGGUCCGAGGAAAAGACAACUGGACAGCUCUACACUUUGCUGCGUGGCAGGGGCACCUGGGAAUCGUCAAACUCCUGAUAAAACAGGCGGGUGCAGAUGUAGAUGGGCAGACCACAGACGGUCGCACACCGCUGCAUUUAGCGUCACAGAGAGGACAGUACCGAGUGGCCCGGAUCUUGAUCGAACUGGGGGCAGAUGUGCAUAUGACAUCUUCAGGGUCCAACACUCCCCUCCAUGUGGCUGCAGAGACGGGCCAUACCAGCACCUCUCGCCUCCUGAUCAAACACAAGGCAAAUAUCCAUGCCCAGAACUCUGUGGGGCUCACCCCGCUGCACCUGGCGUCCCACAGGGGACACCUGGCCACAGUGAAGAUGCUGAUCGAGGAGGGGGCAGAACCUGACAGGAGCAGCCACAACCUGCGAACCCCCUGCCAUCUGGCAGCAGAGAGCGGACACUGUGAAGUCCUAAAAGAACUUCUCCUUCACUGUCCUGAUGGGGGCGCUCUGUUGGACAAACAGGGCUUAACUCCACUGCAUCUCGCAGUACAGUUAGGGCACUCAAACAUUAUUAAGAUGCUAGUGCCACAGGACAGUGAAGACUUUGUAAAUGAAAGCUCAGUGCAAAGUGAGACUGAAAAAAUGGCCCCAUCUGCAUCGGUUAAGCAGAGAAAAGUUGUCGUUCUAAAACUAACAGAGCACAGCGACAAAGACUGUACACAGCCCCCUAGUGCACAGUGUACCUCUGCUCUCUGCUAACACAAGGCCACUGCUGAGACUGCAGAUGUACAGUACAGUGUAAGCUAAUAGUGCCCCAGAGACUGCCUUUUUGAGCCUGUCGCACACCGACGCCCUUUUGUACAGAUUGUAAGCUUUUAUGUAAAUGUGUUCUGUAAAUAGAAGCUAUGAGGAGUUUUGUCAAAGAGUUUAAAGAAUGUUGUUAAUAGAAUGUAUUUUUUACCAAACCAGCACAUUAUGUAUCAGAAGUGUAAUCUUUGGGCUCAGUGAGACAAAAUUUUUGUAUCUACUCUUUUGAAGCCAGUAUGCCUAUAAGUUAUUUUGGUCACAAGAAUUUGUAUAAAUUUGUAGAAGCCAUGGCCUUUGUUAUAAAAGUACUCCAGUGUUUUUCAUCGGUUACAAACCAGUGCUACAAUAAUAAACUAAAAAUAAAU